UUCAAAAUGCAAAAGACCUAGGCAUUUAAUAUUAGGGAAAGCGAGGUUCAGCAAGCGUAAUAAGUUAUUAAAAAAUAAACCCCAUCAUGAACGAGGGCUAUUUUCUUUUCUUUUUUUUUUUGUUGGUUACAAUAUUGAAUGCACGAACAAUACGGGUUUUUGAAACAUUCCUAUAUAAUUCAUUUCCAGGCAAGCUUACAUGGAUUAAACAAUUACUGUUUACUUUGAUGAAGAACAUUCCUUCAAUAAUGCUUGUCUUGUCUUUAACCAGUUUUUCUCAACGAGAUCAGCUCUGCCUCAACAAGACGCAAGUAGCAUGGUUGGUGAGCCGCGUCAUAGAUGUCUCUGUUGAAAUGGUUCUUUUUUUGUUUUUGCGUCUCAGAAUCCCAUCUAACGGAGGAUCUCUCAAAAAAAGGCAAUUUGGUAGAGAUUACUUGAUGCUUACCGCAUGUAUCAGUCUUUUGAUCCCAAAUUUCGGGAUUUUAUGAACGUAAGGCUUUCUGGUAAUUCAACCUUUCUCUUCUUGGUAAAGAA